AGCCACUUCGCGAACAUUCUCCUCUCCCCCGACCCCCCUUCCGCAUCCACGCGAGCGAAGCCGCGCCGGCGAAGAGCAGGCGACACUUCUACAACCCUCCGGCUCCGCCCCCCUUCCGCGGCCCGCAGCCAUGGCGACCGUCAUGCAGAAGAUCAAGGACAUCGAGGACGAGAUGUCAAAGACGCAGAAAAACAAAGCCACUGCACACCAUCUUGGUCUUCUGAAGGCUAAACUUGCAAAAUUACGGCGAGAGUUGCUCACUCCUACAACCAAAGGUGGUGGUGGUGCUGGUGAGGGGUUUGACGUGACGAAAAGUGGAGAUGCACGUGUUGGUUUGGUGGGCUUUCCUUCGGUUGGGAAAUCAACAUUGUUGAACAAGCUGACGGGAACUUUUUCAGAGGUUGCGUCCUAUGAGUUUACAACUUUAACAUGUAUUCCUGGAGUUAUUAUGUACAAAGGAGCUAAAGUACAGCUUCUAGAUCUUCCGGGAAUCAUUGAAGGUGCUAAAGAUGGAAAGGGUAGAGGGAGGCAGGUCAUCAGUACAGCCAGGACAUGUAAUGUCAUUCUGAUUGUUCUUGACGCCAUAAAACCAAUAACUCACAAACGUCUCAUUGAGAAAGAGCUUGAGGGAUUUGGCAUCCGGUUGAACAAGACACCUCCCAAUAUGACAUUCAGGAGAAAGGAAAAGGGUGGCAUCAAUUUUACAUCAACAGUAGCGAACACACACUUGGACCUUGACACAGUAAAAGCAAUCUGUAGUGAGUACAGGAUUCAUAAUGCUGAUGUCUCCCUGAGAUUUGAUGCAACAGCAGAUGACCUUAUAGAUGUCAUUGAGGGAAGUAGAAUCUACAUGCCUUGCAUCUAUGUCGUCAACAAAAUCGACCAGAUCACAGUUGAAGAGCUGGAUAUCUUGGACAAACUUCCCCAUUACUGCCCAAUUAGUGCACAUCUGGAAUGGAACCUUGAUGGGCUUCUAGAGAUGGUCUGGGAAUACCUAGAUUUGUGCAGGCUAUACACAAAACCCAAAGGGCUGAACCCAGACUAUGAGGAUCCUGUGAUCUUAUCAUCCAAGAGGAAAACAGUGGAAGACUUCUGCAACCAAAUCCACAAGGACAUGGCGAAACAGUUUAAAUAUGCACUGGUGUGGGGUUCUAGUGUGAAGCAUAAGCCUCAGAGAGUCGGCAAGGAGCAUGAGCUUGAGGACGAGGACGUUGUUCAGAUCAUUAAGAAAAUAUAAGCUACACACCGUGGGGCGAGUGAUUCUGUUUUGCGGACCAGGAAGGAGUUCUCAGCUAUGAAACUUUUUGAGAAGCAGCUACAUUUGGGCCCUUGUUCCUUUUGCUAGCUCUGAUGCCCAUUGUUGGGCUGCUGUUUGCAUAAAAAUCCGGUUUCGAUCACAAGACAAAAUGUGGACAGUUUUUUAUUUGUUAGCUUGUGCCAAGUAGCCAUAUGUAAUUGUGAGUUUGUGACUGAUGCCUGUCAUGCCGCAACCGCUGAACACAUGGAAAGAUGCUUAUCUAUCUUGACGAGAUGUUCUUAUA